AUGGAUUCUAUCUUCGGGUGGUUACUGCAUGUUGGAUUUUUUCAGUCGCGCUUUCAGGCGCUACAUCCAUUUUUUUUGAGCCAGUUGCAAUUUUGUGGCCAUAACACCAUCUACCAUUUUUUCUGUGACCUUUAUCCAUUGAUAGACCUGGCUACCUCCGACACAACACUAAUUCGUUUUGUUAUUGCUGUGAUCAGUGCUUUUCUGGCACUGAUCUCAGCUUUGUCUGUUUUUGUAUCAUACAUGUUUAUAAUUCGUGCAAUCCUUAAAAUUCCUUCAUCCUCCGGUAGGAAGAAGACCUUCUCCACGUGUAGCUCCCACCUCAUUGUGUUCUCUAUGCAGAACGGUAUUGGUCUUGUAGUCUAUGUAUUGCCUAGUCAAGCUGUACCACCUCAAGUCACUGACGCUGUGACAUUCACAAAUUAUUUGUGGACCCCCUUAGUGAACCCCCUGAUCUAUUCAUUUAGAAAUAAGAAGUUUCAGGCAGAAUUUCUCAAAAAGGUCAGGGAAAUAAAAAAAUAG